AGGCAUGACAAAGUUCUUAGCUAGUUAUAUAUAUGUAUUAUAUUUCAGAAACUACCCGGAACAGACUUGCUUCCCCAACCCAGUCAAGAUGGCCACCGCUGUUGGGAGUCGCCUACUUCCUCACCUUGUGGACAACAACGCCGAAGCCGACCCUGAUGGCACCUUCGGCCAGAUCCUAAGAGAUAAUAACAUCCCAGAUCAAUGGAUAUCCCUAUCCAAACGGCAAUUAGCCCAAUCAGUGGACCAUGCUGCGUGGUGGUUCAAGAACACAGUCGCCGAGAAAUGCGACACAACGACGAUUGGGUAUAUGGGGCCAAGUGAUAUCCGCUACAUGAUAUGUGCUCUUGCUCUUGCAAAAGCGGGCUAUAAGACAUUUCUCCCAUCCACACGGAACUCGGCGGAAGCAAAUGCGCAUCUCUUUCGUGCCGUUGGAUGUAAAUGUCUUCUAUGGGGUGGUCAAUCACAGUCAGCACAAGCGCAAGCCGUCAUACCGGAAUUACAAGUCUGGCAAUUUCCGUCCCUUGAUGAGCUCUUGAAUAGUAGCGUUGCACAUUACCCGUACCACAAAACAUACCGAGAAGCUGAGAAUGAAACUUUUGUGAUCUUGCACUCCUCUGGGACAACUGGACAGCCGAAGCCCAUCCCAUUGACUCAUGGAUAUCUUUCCAUUAUGGAGAGGGGCGCACCACCUGGUACACCCGAGGACUCGACGUGUGGAUGGUGGAAUUGCCUACAACGCGGAGAGCCGAUGUUCCAAAUGAGCCCGCUCUUUCAUCUAAUCGGAUUUACUCUGGUCCUAGAUGCAAUCUUCCACGGCCAACAGAUAAUUCAUUACUCCUCCAAGCCUGACGUCGAUUCUGUGCUCGAUACACUAUCGACACUCCGUCCACGAGCCGCUGUUCUUCCACCGUCCAUCCUACAGGAUAUGAGCACUUCAGCACAGGGGCUUAAGACGGUUUCAAAGAUUGAAUAUAUGUUUUUUGCUGGGGGGCCACUCUCCACCGAGGCUGGUGAUACAAUCAGUAAAUAUUGCAAGCUUAUCCCUCUCAUCGGGUCAACGGAGUUGGGACAUAUCCCACCUACCAAAUCGAAGACAUCACCCCGUGAUUGGAAGUAUUUCGAAUGGCCCUUCUACCCCGAUAUACAUAUGGAGCCACAUGAUGAAGGAUUAUUCGAGAUGGUUGUUCGCCGGUCACCGGAUAGCCGCCUACUUCAUGGUAUCUUUCAUGUGUUCCCUGAUCUUCUAGAAUGGAGGACAAAGGAUCUUUUCUCGAGGCAUCCCACGAAAGAUGGGCUGUGGCAUUUCGAAAGACGAACAGACGAUGUGAUCGUCCUUGGGAAUGGAGAGAAGGUGAACCCGAUUGAGAUGGAAGGGGUAGUCGAACGUCAUGAUCUCGUGCACAAGGCUAUUAUUGCUGGUCACGGGAUGGCUGAAUGCGUGCUUCUAGUGGAGCCGGACUGGGACAAGCUAGAUAGCCAGGACCAGGGUGGUGAUUUCAUCAAUAAGAUCUGGGAUAGGGUUGAAGCAGCGAAUAAGUUGGGCCCGAGUUAUGCUUAUAUCGAGAAGGAUAGAGUUGGAAUUGCGAACCGUGAGAAACCGUUCCCGCUCAAUGCCAAAGGGACAUUGAGACGUUCAUUGGUCUGCAAAGAGUAUAAAUCCGAUAUAUCGGCACUGGGGAGUGACGACAAUUCAAGUACAGGGCGAAGUUCAAGUAAUGCCCUUCUGGGAGAUGAUAUGAAGGGCUUUGUACGACGUGUAAUCUCUUGUGUUUCCGAGCAUCUCGAACUCGCAGACGACACAGACUUCUUUACUGCUGGAUUAGACUCUCUGCAGGUGAUUCGCAUGGCUCGGAAGAUAACACGGGGCAUCGGUAUGGGAUCAGAUGGGAUACGGAUUGAUCCUCAGAUAAUUUACAGAUAUUCCACUAUCAAGGGUCUGGCCUCGUAUCUCUCGGACGUCGUGAAAGGGGACAUCAGUAGUGACGGAUUAGUGGAUGAAGUCGAAGACGUGCAAGCGGCGUUGAAACAUCUCAUCGACAAAUACACCAAUUCACUUCCAAGCGUGGAGGACAAAACAGUACAGGUGUCCCCACGGUCCAAUGUCAUACUCACAGGAUCUACCGGCUCUUUCGGCAGCUAUCUUUUGGACGCACUGUUAUCGGACCCUUCGAUUAAGAAGGUUCACUGCCUGAACAGAUCCUCCGAUGCCUUCGAAAGACAGAGAUCUUCAUUCCACGACAGGCACCUAAACGUGAAAGCUUUACUAUCUCCCAAAGCAGAGUUCCUCACGGCAAACCUAGGGGAAAAAAGUCUAGGGUUAUCGAUGAGCAAAUACAACGAGCUCCUGAAUACAACCGACGCCAUCAUACAUAACGCCUGGAAGGUGGACUUCAAUUUAUCCAUGUACUCCUUUGAGCAUGACCACAUACGUGGCACGCGGAACCUGCUGGAUCUAAGCAUAUUCAGCCGAAAAAGAGUACAUAUGUAUCUUGUAUCCUCCGUUGCUACUACAUCCGGCUGGGACCCAUCAAAGGGGAAGAUCCCGGAGGAUAUUGUACCGGAUACAGUUCAGCCUCCAUUACAGGGGUAUGGUCAAUCCAAGUACGUAGCUGAAAAUGUCUGUUUGGCUGCGUCCUCCCGUUCAGGUGUUCCGGUAACUAUUCUGCGAGUCGGACAGAUUGCAGGGCCCACGACAAAGUCUGGGGGCUGCUGGAAUCGAGAAGAGUGGUUUCCUGCUCUAGUCUUUACUUCAAGAUCAAUGGGCUUUGUACCUGAGACUUUGGGUAUGCCGGUGGACUGGAUACCUGUUAAUACACUAGCCCAAAUCAUCAACCUGGGCUACACUUUUACCAACGAUUCAGAGCCGCAUCGGUGCAAACCCUCGUACAAGCUUCUAAGCUUCUACGAGCGACUAGCCCGCGAAGAUGGUCAUGGCAACUCUUCCCACUCUGUAACGGACAAUGCGAGUGAAAUGAGCUCUACAUUCCGAGCCCUCGGUCCCAUUGAUUCUAGUUUGGUGCAGACAUCGCUUGACCAGUGGGCACUAUGACCACUCUUUGUGACUAUCCAGAGGAAAUAUACUUAAAUCAACAAAUUGGUAAACAAAGGAAAAGAAUAAAAGAGAUGCCAUCUAAAAAGAAAAUACAGUAACGAGUGAAAAGAACCAAAUCAAAAAUGUAUACCAUCUCCUAGCAUAUCAGAGCUCAUUUAUACUCCAUCCCCGGCGUCAUCUGAUACCCCAACUCCGCUCUCGUCCGCAGCUCCGCCUCCUUCUCCUCCUGGAUGAGAGCACAGCACGAACAACAAAACGUCACACAGCAAUCCCCACAACAGCUACCCUUAAUACCAAAGCGUUCACGCAUCUCACCGCGUCUGAUCGUCUGGAUGAUCCAGUGGGAGUAAAUGAAAGCGAGACCAGUGAAAAUGGUGCACUUUAAGUGCUCAUCAGCAGCUGUUCUCUCUCUUUCUUCCUGGUUAAUAUAUUAGAGAAACUUACAUCUGCAUUACAGUAACUAAAGCUAUUCAAGCUAGCAUCAUGGUUCCUAGCUUGCGUUUUCCC